AAAGUGCUUUUACAACAAAAAUAAUCCCACCCAACACAGGCCUUGGGGACGUGAGUCACCCUGUAUCCACCAUUUACUCGGAACCGGCGCAUCAUUCAUACGAGUCUUGGCGCAUAAAUAAACUUAAAUCCUCCUCCCCAGCUAUGGCGGACACCAACCCUCAGAACCCCACCGCGGGCGCAGAGCUUUCGCCGGCACCAGCGAAGGACCAAAAGUCCCCAAAAGCAGACACGAAGCAAGCACAGCCGAAACCCAAUGGCACAGAAGUCACAGCUACUGGGCCUAAUGGAGAGAAGCUUUCCGGUGCGGAAUUGAAAAAACGAGCCAAGGCCGAAAAAGCAGCUCGACGAGAACGAGAAAAGGCCGAUCGGCAGGGCCCUGGCGGCGGAGUGCCGCACAGUGGUGGCCAAGACAAGGCGGGCAAUCAAAAACCAGGAAAGCCAUGGCAGAAGGUCGAAGUGCAGCAACACAAAGACGACAGUGUUGCUGGUAGUAAGGGCCACCACAAGCGCACCACAUCCACCGCCGCAGCGGAUCAUCAAAAGAACUUGGCCCUCCGUGGAAAAGGAGCGCAGGGAGGAGCGCAGGCCGCAGCAAAGCCGCCCAAGGAUGCAAACCAGGUGUCCCUUUUCGGACAUUUAUAUGGACAGUCACGACGGACGACUCUGGCAGGUGUCGGAAAGGACGUGCAUCCGGCUGUGCUGGCGCUGGGCCUGCAGAUGAGCAACUACGUUAUUUGCGGAAGCAAUGCGCGCUGUAUAGCAACGCUUUUGGCACUCAAGAGGGUCAUUGAAUCCUACACUACACCUCCCGGCCACUCACUCAGCCGACACCUGACCUCGCACCACCUAUCUCCUCAAAUCGACUACCUGGUCUCAUGCCGACCCAUGUCCGUGUCCAUGGGCAAUGCGAUUCGAUGGCUGAAGCUCGAAAUCAGCAAAGUCGACCCCGACACGCCCGAGAACGAAGCAAAAGAAGAUCUAUGCGACUCCAUUGACAACUUUAUCCGCGAGCGCAUCACCGUGGCCGACCAAGUGAUUGCCACCAGCGCGGGCGGCAAGAUCCAAAACGGAGACGUGGUUCUCACGUACGCCAAGAGCAGCAUUGUGCAGCAGACCCUCAUCGAGGCACACAAGCGGGGCGUGCAGUUCCGCGUCAUUGUCAUUGACUCCAAGCCCUUGUUUGAAGGCAAACACUUGGCGCGUGCCCUCGCCACGGCCGGCCUGGAAGUCCAGUACUCGCUCAUGCACGCCGUGAGCCACGCCAUCAAGGACGCAACCAAGGUCUUCCUGGGCGCUCACGCAAUGAUGAGUAAUGGCCGUCUGUACUCGCGUGUCGGUACAGCCAUUGUCGCCAUGACUGCCAACGAGUUUGAUGUCCCGGUCAUCGUGUGCUGCGAGAGCGUCAAGUUUACUGAAAAAGUCGCUCUUGACAGCAUUGUGAGCAAUGAGGUCGCGCCGCCGGAUGAGCUAAUUUCGCCGCUCCCCUUGACGCAUACUGCUACAACAACUACUACUACUACGGCGACCGCGACUCCUGAUCAGACCGGCGCGGCGACAGCAGGUGAGGCUCAGGGAGUCAAGGGCUCGCCGUUGUCGACGUGGCGGGAAACGGAUAAUUUGCUCUUGCUCAACAUCAUGUAUGAUGUUACGCCUGCCGAGUAUAUCAAGAUGGUUAUCACCGAGUAUGGCUCUCUGCCGCCGAGCUCAGUCCCGGUUGUGCAUAGAUUGAGUACGAAUUCGUAAAAUGAUCUACUUCUUUUCCUACGGAUGAACGUGAAAAAUGAUGGAGAAGAUGGAGGAAUGAGAUCUUGCUACUUGCUACAUACUUCUAGCAUUUUCUUAAAAUACAUUUUGGUGUUUCGGCGUUUCGUUCUUGAGUAAGAGCGUUGGUUUCCUUUCUUCAUUUGAAGAUUUGUUGUUACCAUUCUUCCGGUAUUUUUGUUGGCAUGCCUAAUAUGUAUGUUUAUAUGUGUUGGUCAAAGCCGUAACAUCAAUGAUGAUUAAUGCAUGGAGAAAAUUGAAAAAUAAAAGAAACAGAAAAUUAGUCAAGGAGGGAGAUGGGUGAUGCGCUCCGCAAAUCUCUAAGAAUAUGGAAAAAAACAUCAACCAUAACAAUUCAUGCGCCUUUGAAGUAAACUAGCUUGAAUGAAUAAGGGGGAGAUGCAAGCCGAGAGGAACAGAGGGGAAACGUAUGAAUAGAAAGAAAACUAAUUACGC